AAAAGAACAAGAAUUCCGAGCAGUGCAUGAACCCCAACAUGAACAUGAUGCCUAUGUCGGGACCGCAGAUGAUGCAAGUGAUGCAGUCGUCGCCUCAGCCCAUGAUGCCGGCUGUCCCUCCCGGCCCCGUGCCCCAACAGCCCUUGCAACAGCAACAACCGGCCGAGAAACUGGACAACAUAUCGCGGGUUAAAAGUCUACUGGGACCCCUGCGGGAGUCGAUGUUCCUAACCAUCCGAUCGAGUGCAUUCACGCUGCAGCAGAACAACCUGGCGGACAAUUUGAAACGGGAUACAGGAGCCCAUGGGCAUCUUGUGCCACGAUUCGAUAAACAUCUGGAAGACUUCUAUGCCUGCUCGUUUGUUGUUGUUCAACACUGGUAUGGCGCGUACCUAAAAUUGUUUGCGGAAGGAAAAAAUUAACAUAUUUCAAGACGU